CCACUUUUUCCGCGUCAAGUUCGUGGCUGAAAGUUUUCUUUCCUCCUUUUUUUUCUGUGUGCAGAGGAACCGUCAUGCGCCCGACAAUGAAAGAGAAAGCGACGGGCUUUUUAACAUGCAGCCUUUCCUCCGAUACCCAGUGUCCGUUGCUCCUCGAUUUGCGUUACUUUAGAUGCUUCUCCACACAUUUCCGUUAUGCGAAGUCCAACUUGUUGGUUAGUUGUCGAGCUGCGGUGGGUGCCCAUCGGAGAUAACGGAGAACGUGACAGUGAUUCUCAGCCGGUCUGGUUACUGCAAUGAAUGGUAACACUAUCCAUCCAGCCAACACCACCACAACAGCAGGAGGAAGCCCUGGCGUGGCAGCGCCCCCGAGAGGCUGGAGGGAGUUCUGCGAGCUGCACGCCAUCGCCGCAGCCCGGCACCUGGCCGGACACUACCGCAGCUUUGCCAGAGAGUGGCCACAACAUGACGUGCUUCCACCAGAGACCUUUUCCAAGCAGUUCACCGACCUCUUCCAGAAGCACUUCUGCUGCGAGGUCGACAAUGAUGGCAGUCCACUUGGCCAGAGCACGUGCUCUACUGCUACCGGUAGUGCUUCCUCUACAUCUCCAGUGGCCCGUCCCUUUCAAUCACAGGCUGUGACUGGUCGAUCGCGGAUUACAUCUUCAUCUGGAGUGCAGGACUAUCGGGAGGCGGGUCGGCCAAGUGGAGGGGCUACUCUGUUUACUUUGGGAAACGGAGCGUCAAAAGUGGAGCCGGUGGUGAUAAGCCGGGAACAGGAGCAGCCGCUACGAUGUGCUGCGGGAAACUCCUUGUCGGGAAACCCGGUGGUGCUCAGAGGGUCGACUCGCAGUGUUGGCAGUGGGUCACCUCUGAUUCAUAGCCAUAGCAACGUGGAGAUCUCUGGCGCUGAUCGUCGUCAGGUAUCUGAACGGUACUCAUCUGACUCCUCAGCCUCCAACCCUGGACACACUGACGUCACACACUUCUCUGUCAGUCAUAUCCAACAGACAGUGAAAAAGCUUUUCAAGAAACAGCCCCUCCCCAGCCCCCCCUCAUCUCAGGACCUGUCUCCUAGCAACCCCAGCCCCACCAAUAACAACCGUCCCCCUAAUAAUGGUGACAGAGUGGGCGGGAUUUCCUCCACAAACGAGGACAUAUCAUCUUCCUCUUCCUCCUCCCACUCUUCCUCUUGUCUGAACUCUGAAGCCACCACCGCAGGUGCUUCACACUGGUCUGUGGCUGGAGUAGCCUCUCAGAUCCUGGGUCGUUUACGUUCGUUCCCCAGCAGAAGCAUGAGGCAGAGGAGACCGGAGAUGAGCGGCUGCUGUAAAGAGGGCCAACUGAGGUACUUACUGGUGGAUGACACUAUCUCAGACUCUCAGCCCCGUUGGCAACGCUGCCGCCUGCUGGUCAGGAGGAUCAGGGAUGCUCAAGGAGGAGGAGGUGGACGAGGAGGAGGGGAGAGGUACCAGUUGGAGCUCUAUGAUCCUCCAAAGGCCUCCAGUCCCAAGCUGACGACUCAGUGCUCUGAUAUCCAAGAAGUCCGUCGUUGCAAUCGACUGGAGAUGCCCGACAACUUUAACACAUUUGUUUUAAAGGUUAAUCGAGGUAGUCUGAUAUUUGAGACCGACAACGAGCAGCAGGUCAGCUCCUGGACCACAGAGCUAAAAGAAUGCAUCAGCAACAGGUCGGGCAGUGUGGACCUGGAGCCCCUCCCCUCUCCAGCUGACAGCUCUGUUCCAGUCAAUCGCAGAGGAAGCGCAGCGUCAGCAAGUCAGUGCCCCAUCACUUUCACCCUGCCAGAGCAGGCUAUUCAGAAGACAGAUCACUUCCUCUUCUCCUACCCCUGGUUCCACGGGCCCAUCUCCCGCGUCAAGGCAGCCCAUUUGGUUCAAAGCUCUGGACAGGAGGGACAUGGAGUGUUUCUGGUCCGACAGAGUGAGACACGCAGAGGAGACUACGUCCUCACAUUUAACUACCAGGGAAAAGCAAAGCACCUGCGCCUCUCUCUAACAGAAUGGGGUCAGUGCAGGGUGCAGCACCUGCGCUUCCCCUCUGUUAUGGACAUGCUCAGUCACUUCCGCCUCUUCCCCAUCCCUCUGGAGUGUGGAGCCGCCGGUGCCGUCACGCUGUCCAGCUUUGUAGUGGCAGGGUCCAGCCCUCCGUCACAGGGUCAGCUCUCAGGCGCUCUCCUGGUGCCUUUCUCCCUCCAUCGGUGGAGCUCUGAGCCUAGCUUGGCUCACUGCAGCUUGGCUCGCAGCUCCAGUCAGCCCCCUUCCUCCUGCUCCACCACCAGCACCACUGCCAGUCCCAGCUCUGUUUUCCAGUUGGGGAACCACCCCCCCAUACGCAACAACCCCAUCCCUGACCCUCCUACACUGGCCCCCGCUCUCCUGCGUCGGAGCGAAUCAGUGGGGAGGAGGCCUCUGCUUCGCCACCCCAGCCCCCACACUCCCAUCAUCCCCCAACGGGACUCAGACUAUGAGCUGGAGCCUGAGCGGAGCCACAAGCGGGCGAUAGACAACCAGUACACAAUGCUCUGAGCCGCUCCCGCCCCAUCACCUCUGAAAGACAGGAGUCACCUGUGAAGUCAACACGCUCACGCACACACACACACACACACCAUCGUGUACACAUUAUACCAACACAUUUUGUCACCACGCCCACUCUGCUUCAUGUGGGUGUGAGAUGUGAUUACAGCAGACUCAUGAACUUGAGCAAACAAGUCUAUGUCUGAUUAAUGCAUAGCACUGUGUAUGUCAAAAACACACACACACACACACACUCACUGUGUCUGAGCGGAGUGUGUGUUUACCAGUGUCCGACCCUCACAGCCUCCACCCCGAGUGUCCACAGUGAAUGUAUAUUUGGGAGUUUUAUUAGUGUUGACAGUGAUGAUUAUUCUUGUUUUAUUGAGGUUGCGAGUCUGUGUGAGAGACAGGGAGAGCCACAUGUGUAGCUGUCCUCAAGCCCGAAAAAAUAUUUUUAAAUAUUUCUAUCCUGGUGAAUUGGAGGUGCGUUUGAUCUAACUAACUUUGGCACUUAACCUGAACUGAUGGGAGAGCACUGCCAGCAGAAUAAGUUAAAUCAAGUGCUCCUUUAAAAUAUUUAAAAGACAUUUACUCCUCCCAGUGGAGCAAACUCAAACCAUUUUUUACAAACACAAACAAAAAGCACUCUAUUUUCGAGUGUUAUUACAUUCUGUUAGAUUUUCCUCCUCUUGCGCACUUUCAGUGCACUUUGGAAACAAUGUGUAUCUUUUCUAUACACAGAUUCUUUUGUAGAAAAAUAAAAAAAUAAAAAUAAAGUUAAAAAGGGGAAAACUUGGUUAAACUCAGUUGGGAAAUCUUUUUUCUACAAACUUAUCGAGCACCACUUCCGCUCCUUCAAACUUUCGCUCAAGCAGUAACAGAGAACCAUGGAAAUUAUUCCGGAUCAGCUUUCAUCAGCACUGUUUUUUGUGUAAAGCAGCGGGAACUCUUCGCUGUUUGUGGUAUGUAUGUGUCUGUCCAUUGUUACGUAUGUGUGAUGAGUGGAAGUGUAGUUUAUCAGCACGUUUGUGCUGAUGUCAGUGUGGUACAGCGUUCACCUCAAAGAGUGUGAAUUUGUGUUGCAGAAGUCUCUACUGGGUUUUCCAAAAUCAGCAUCAAGUAGUGUCACAUUACAUUUGAACACCAAAGCCUUUACGUGCAGAAAAUUAUCGUCUCACAGAAAUCAUUUCUGCCACAAAAUCAAAGAAAAUGGAAUGAUGUAGUAAUCCUUAUUUCAAAGAUAUUUUUUUUGUUUGUGACAGAAGAACCCCCAUCAGGACAAAAGAUGAGUUAAGCUUCUCUAUGCAGGACGCCAGUUUAUCUUUUGAAACACAAUGACGACAAAAUGUAGUUUCUGGCACAAUACACUUGCCACGAUUAUUAAAAGUAAAUUUUAGCCCAGCCUUUUUCCCGUCCAAUCAAAGUAGGAAUUAAAUUAGUAAGUAAAUGAUUUGCUUAAUCUUGUCCUUUAAAUUUGUGUGGAUUGUCGACACAAGUGAGGUGUUUUGUGGUGGUUUGAUAAUCUAGCAUUAAACCCUUAAAGGGGCUUUUAAAAGUGGACGGUGAUAACGAUGCACCUGCUGAAAAACAGAGUGGCACUGAAAUCACACAGGUGCCUUUGAAGAUAUUAACAUUUAUUUUCUUAAAGCUUCAGGCAAAUCUUGAUUCUGGAAACAUCGUGUCUCCAGCUCUAAUUACUACACUCAGAGCAUUAAUUCUCCUUUUUUUCUUGCUAUUUUCUGUACAACACCACAACAACACCACAGCAGCCAAUAAAAACAAGGAGGGACUUUGAAAAUAAUUUUUACACUAUAGUUUUUUAAAAGAACAUCCAUAUUUUUAAUUAGAGGUUUUGUUAGGAAGGUUUGGUUUUGGUCAGCAAAUCUUUGAAAGUGCCCAAGUGUUACAAACUGAUGAUUUCAUAUUGUUCCUCUGUGCAGUUUGGUCUUUGUUCUCAACCUUCAUGUUUCUGUGCUCUUCAGCUAGAUUGAUGAUCAGUCAAUAAUUUGAGGUGCCUUCAGAGUUUGUCAUCAUUCUUUUAAAAGUUUAAACCACCACUUUAAAGCUGCUCUGACUCUAGCAGAUAGAUGAUAGAUAGAACAUCACUCAACUCAGGUGUGAAUUUUAUUGGCAGGAGCUGAUUUACUACAUUUUGUUGGAGGCUUUUCUACAGAAAAACACCAAAACAAACAAGCCUUUAUCAAAGAAAGCCAACUCUCAUCUGGUAUCCAGUCUGUUUGCUGUGUCCAUCUCAUCCUCAAAAGCAUCUGAAGACCUGAUUUGUAAUCCAAACUGACCCAGACCUUAUGGUGAUUUGGUCUUGAGCCAGAAAUGAAAA